AUGGCUUUGAACUCGAGCACACAAGAGGAGCUGCUGUCGCCAUCUUGCCACCAUGAUGCGGAGAGUGUGGUGCCAGCAGGAGUCACCAGGACCAGUGUGGCUGUGGGUGGGGACCUGCCUGAUGUAGUGACUGAGGAAUCCAGGCGGAUGGAGGAUGAACUCCUCCGCACAGUGCUUACAGGGUCCUCGCAGCUGGAGAAUCUGGCACUGGAGAUCAGGAGCUGCUCCUUGUGCAGUCAAGAUCUCUCUGGGCAGCUGGCAGCCCAGUGUGGUUCCUCGGGCCUGGCAUCUUCGCCCAACCUGGAGCUACCCUUACCCUUGCAGGGAGCCCGUAGGAGGCUGUGGAUUGGCCGGCGCCGCGGUUGCCGAGGUGACGGGUGGGCCCGGCGGGGUCCCGGAGCCGGGAGAGAGCUAGGGUGCUUGGCGAUUUCCGCCGCGCCCUGGCCGGCGCGCGUGGGCGGCCCCCGCGCGCCCCUAGCCACCGCGCGCGCCUUGCCGGCCUCCCGCUCGGGACGCACCGCCCUUCGCCUCCGUCUCCGCCCCCAGGACCUGCGGCCGUCCGCUUCCAGCGCCGCUUCCCCAGCCGGCGGUGCGAUGGGCUGCGGGAACUCUACUGCCACCAGCGCGGGCGCGAGCCGGGGCUCUGCAGGAGCAGCUAAAGAUGUAACAGAAGAAUCAAUAACAGAAGACGACAAGAGGAGAAACUAUGGCGGAGUGUAUGUUGGUCUCCCCUCUGAAGCUGUCAAUAUGGUAUCGAAUCAAACAAAGACAGUUCAAAAAAGUAGAAGACAAUACAAUGGCUCAAUAAUCAAGAGCUGGCUCCUCAAGAUUUAGAAGGUCUUUCGCUCCAUGGGACGUUGUAAUGCGCACAGACAUUUCCAAGGAGAUUCUAAACAAUCACUUGCCCCCCACCCCCACCUCCUCAAAAUUUUUAAGUCUGUAGUUAAAACCAUGGGUGCAUAUUGAGUGAUGUGGUACCCAGAAGGAAAUGGUUAAGCAGUGCACUCGGGAGCGGAAGUUCCCGUGGUCCCCCUGCGGAAGAGAAGCCAACGAACCGCCGCUGCCCAGCCAGCCUGCUGGGUGCCAGCAGCCUGUUUGCCCGGACCGUGCAACACAGUUUGUGAAGAUGACGUCUUUCCACCGAUACUUUUUUGAUAGUUUUUAUAUAACAAAAUCCUUAUUCUCUUUGUAACUUAAGAUAAUAAGGCCCUAUAAAGGAAUAACCUAAGGUCAUAUAUUUGUCUGUUGUUUUUCACUAUUUCUACUUCACAUUAAUUUUUAGCUGCAGAAUUGUUAAAUUGAUUCUUACUGUUAUCUCUUGUCCUUUUUUACUAUUUGGUUUUCAGCUUUGUUUUAGUGUCAGAGAAUUUCCUUUUUUUUAGGAACAAUAUGUGACAUGCAAUAUUUAAAAAGGCACUGCUAAAAGUAGCCUGCCAUGUAUUCAUGUUGAUGAACUUUCUGUUUUCCUUAGUCCAAUGCUCUGUGACUACAAACACUUCACAGCCAUCAAGUCUCCCCUUCUACCCUUGAGUGGUCACAGCAUUUCAUCCUGUUAAUUCUACCCGGUUUCAAGGACUUGCGACUGAUGGUCAGUGGGAUAUUUGGAAAAUUUCUCAUUUGGUCAUGACCGUGUGUAUCCAUUUAUUAUUGCAACGUGAAUUACUCGAUUUA